CCACAAGGUUACUUUAAUAAACCUCUCCGUCUCAGCAGAUUCUCUUUCCAAUUAACUAUCUUUGUGUGAGAAUUGUGAUCGUUUCGUUUCUUCCCUCUUUUGAUCUACUCUCUCUUCCUUCCUUUCUCAAGCCAAGAAUCUCUUUCUCUUCAGUUACUUUCUCUCCUGUAGAUUCCUCUCUCGCUCCCUCUUUCUUUCUUUUUCAACUCCCUCUUUUAACGAUGCCUAUUGCGUUGUUCUUUUCUCUCUCUUUCUCUCCACUCCUUCCAUCCUUUGCCUCUCUCUUUCUCUCUCUCUUUCUUUCUUCUUUUUCGUUUCUGUAUUCCGGCGAAACCUAUACAUACCUCUCUUCCCACCUCCAUGGCUCCUCCUUCUUCAUCUGUCAACCAUAUCUCUAAUCCUUGUAUUUACGGGGACUUUGUUUCUUCAUACGCAGAGAGAAAGUCUCGCUUUAUGAAAUGGCUGAGUAAGCUUUUUAAGAGCAGCGGUUCAGCCCGCAGCAGCGGCGGUGGAAGUAGCAAUAGUGGCGGCCGUCAGCCACAGUUUCUAGGAGAAGAAAGCAUGUUUUGGCAUAUACCACGUCGUUCCAUGGACGACCGUCCAAGAACCGAAAGAGAGAAAGAGGAAUUAGACCAUGCAAUUGCACUCUCUCAUGCUGAAGGAUUAAAUAGACCAAAUGGACAAAAGUGGCGAGCAGACAAUGAUGAAGAUCUUGCUUGGGCACUUCAGGAUAGCCUGAUACCUUCAAAUCCUCCUUAUGCUCCUCAACCUUAUAAUCCCCGAGGAUAUAGAUUAUGUGCUGGAUGUCGCCGUGACAUUGGAUAUGGAAACUAUUUGGGAUGCAUGGGGACAUUUUUUCAUCCGGACUGCUUUCGUUGUCAUUCUUGCGGCUACCCAAUUACUGAGCAUGAGUUCUCUUUGUCGGGGAGGGAUCCUUAUCACAAGUCUUGUUUCAAGGAGAUGACACAUCCCAAAUGUGAAGUUUGCCACCAAUUUAUUCCUACGAAUGGAGCUGGUCUAAUUGAGUAUAGAUGCCAUCCAUAUUGGUCCCAAAAGUACUGCCCAUCUCAUGAACACGAUCACACAUCUCGCUGCUGUAGUUGUGAACGCUUGGAGUCUUGGACUGUGAGGUACUAUUCUUUGGAGGACGGGCGAAGCUUGUGCUUAGAAUGUAUGGAAUCAGCUAUUAUGGACACUGGUGAUUGCCAACCCCUUUACCACGCCAUCAGAGACUGCUAUGAAGGAAUGAAUAUGAAACUGGAUCAGCAGAUUCCCAUGCUUCUUGUUGAAAGACAAGCACUUAAUGAAGCUAUUGUUGGCGAGAAGAAUGGCUUCCAUCACAUGCCAGAGACCAGGGGCUUAUGUCUUUCUGAAGAGCAGACUGUCACAAGUAUACUCAGGCGGCCGAAAAUUGGAGGCAACCGGCUGGUGGGAAUAAGGACUCAGCCACAGAAACUGACUCGGAAAUGUGAAGUUACUGCUAUCCUUGUUCUUUAUGGUCUUCCAAGAUUACUAACAGGUGCUAUUCUUGCCCAUGAGUUGAUGCAUGGUUGGCUACGCCUAAAAGGCUACCGCAAUCUUAAUCCUGAAGUAGAGGAAGGCAUCUGUCAAGUGCUUUCAUAUAUGUGGCUUGAGUCAGAAGUUUUGCCAGGAUCGAAAUACAUGCCAUCGACAUCAGCAGCUUCCUCAUCUUCAUCUUCAUCUUCAUCUUCGAAGAAAGGUGAAAGAUCCGGGGUUGAAAAAAAGCUUGGUGAGUUUUUCAUGCACCAAAUUGCUCACGAUGGUUCUCCAGCAUAUGGGGGAGGAUUCAGAGCUGCAAAUGCAGCUGUCAAUAAGUAUGGUUUACAUCGUACUCUUGAGCAUAUUCGCCUAACAGGGAAUUUUCCACUGUAACACUAAAGAAACUUCUAGGGUUAACUCAAAGCGACAAGCUAAUCACUUACAGAAGCUUAAGCAGCUUCUCCUAAAUUUUAAUGAGGUUCAAUCAUGAUAUUACAUGUCACAAACGACUUCCAAAUUUUAAUAAAACUCCAUUUUAUCCUUA